UCCAGCAGCGGAAGGCUAUACCCACCUGGGCCUAGAUCCCAACACGAUCGCCCGUCUGCCGGACUCUGCCACGGUUUCGCUGCUGGACAUUCCGCUGACGUGGGUGUCGCGGUGCACGAAAUUUUACAAAAUGUUCAAGUGCCGCCACUGCCCGCACGUCAACGUCCGCAAGGCCAACAUCCAGGAGCACGAGAAGAGACACCAGACCAAGCCGGGCAGCGCCGCCGGCGGCGGUGGCGACAACAUGCACGCCUGCUCAAUGUGCAAUUACCGGUGCAACAACGCCGGCGUCUUGUCGGCCCACGUCAAAGUCCACCAGAACGUGCUGGGCAUCAUCCACGCCCUGGCCGAUCCUUCGAGAUCCGACGAGGAGCAGUUGCGCCAAUUGGCCGGAGUGGCGGGUUUCAAAACGGGGGGAGAAGCAUUGGCCCUGGUUGGAAAAGAAGCGGAAGAAUCUUGUUCGUCGCUUUCGUCGUCCGGAAGUGCCGCCCCUCAACCGAAAUUGGAUUUGCUGCUGGGUCGGGCCGGCGAAGACGCCAAAGGUGGCGGCGGGAAAAAGUUACAUUUUUGCGCUCACUGCCCGGCCCGUUUUCUGGUCGAGGCGGAGCUCCUGAUUCACACACACACACAACGCUUUCACGGAGUCAAACUGGCCUUCCGUUGUGACGUCUGCUCUUACACGGCCCGCGCAAGAGAACCACCUGCUGGCCCAUUGGAUGGUCCACAGUCGCGAAUAUCAAGAGAGAACCAAGAGGCUCACGCUGAAAUCGACGGCGGCCCGGAGAAGUACGUCAAGAGCGGGAGCACGUUGAAGCUGACGUGCCACCUGAGACAGAGCAGCGUGACUCCGGACUUCGUCUUCUGGUACCAGGACGAGCGUAUGAUCAACUACGAGGGAGCGGCCGGCGUCAAAGUCAUCAGCGAUGCCGCAUCCAGCACGCUCAUCAUUGAACGGGCCCAGAGCGUCCACUCGGGCAACUACUCAUGCGUCCCGUACAAUGUCAACCCGUCGUCCGUCAUCGUUCACAUCCUCAAUGACUGGUGCUGAAGAAAGUUUUUUCUUCUCAGAAACUUGGAAAAAAACUUUGACUUUUCUUCAGCGGUGUCCGUGUCGAGUUUCCAGCCAAGGAUUAUCCGUCGCAGAUUUCCAUGAUGAUAAAGUAAGUGUUUUUUCCGUUUUGUCUUUCCGCUUUGAAUCAACAAACGAAGGAAAGCAGACUCCAUUUUGAUUGAACGCCAUCUAUCCAUAUCUAAGUUAUUUACUUU